AAUUACUUUCGAUCAUUUGGAGUAUACUAGCCUAUUUUAAAACGAAGAAUUCAAGUUCAAAAUACGGCAAGACCUAAAUAUUUAUCAUGAAAAAUUCUAAUUUCCAUCCAUUCACCCGUCUUGACAAACGCCUACUAAGUCGCGUAACUGGCAUUGUUACGCUUGAUAUAUACAUGGUUACGCCUCACUUCUGCCCUCUAUCGCUAGUUUAGAGAAGCCACCACACUAGUGCAUGUGACCAGUCGAGCUAGGUAUGCGGCGAGAGUGGUUAGACACGUCUCUGUGUAAAAUCCGACAUGAAACCUGAAAUUGGUCCCAUCCUUCAGAAUGUAGAGAGCUCAUUUUUAAAUGUGCCUUCACGCGUUAUUAGUCUAAAAAGAAGAGGCAAUGCUCCUUUAGGAUUUUCCAUUCGUGGAGGUUGGGAACAUGGUACGGGUAUUUUUGUUUCCGAAGUUCAACCCGGAUCAGAAGCUUAUCGUCAAGGGUUAAGGGUCGGUGAUCAAAUUAUUAGAGUGAAUGGAUUUACCAUUCAACGUGCCAUUCAUCAAGAAGUUCUAAAUUUGUUAAAAGCAAAACUAGGAGUAAUUUUAACUGUUAAAAGAAAACCUUCCUCAUUGUAUGAUGAAUCACCAGACUGGAUGGCAACAUUAUACAUGGGGUAUGAGAGUAGCCAUAACCCAACUGCAUGUCAAGAGAGUUAUGAAAGAGUACAUAAUCAGGAAAAAUCCAGCCACUUUUUCAAAGAACUUCAUCUGAUGGUUAGAAAAGAAGCAGGUCUUCAACUCUUUUAUAAUGAUUUAGUGACAAGUUCAACAACAAGAAAUAACAAUAAUGAAACAUGUAUACAUGAAAAUUCUGUGCCAAGAGAUAAAGUUAAUGGAUAUGUGACAACAAAUGGCAUUAAUCAUAUUAAUAACAACGUAGAACACAAUAGUUGUACGUGUGAAUCUGAAAAAGACUUUUCUCUAACUGAAGUAGAAGAAGAAGCUCAAUGGAGGGGUUCAAAUGAUUAUAGAAGACAGAAUGGUUUCCUUUCUAAUCCAUAUAGAAAAUGCAAUUCUCUUGAAGACUCUGGGCUAGCUGAAGAAAAAAGAAAAUUAGAAGAAGAACAAAGACGACUGGAAGAAGAAAAAGAACAGUUAAAACAAGAGAGGAGAAGGUUAAAUGAAGAAAGACAGAAAGCUAAUCACACAGUUAAGGAUACACUCCCAAAACCAAAUUUUUUAACAGAACUUCAGAUGAUUGCCGAAAAAAGAUGUAAUAAAGAAAGGACAAAUUUUGAAAGCAUUGAAAAACCAGAAAUGUUGAUGGAAGAAAUGCAUGUUGCACAUCGUAAAAUGUUUGGAGAGGGAAAGACGUCAACUGUUAGUUCAAUUAAAAACAAUUCUACAAAUAAUGAAUUAUGGAAUGUUAAAACAUUUAAUAGAACAAAAUCACCACCAGAAGUACCAAUAAAGAAAAUUUCUUCAAGUUUGCCAGUAGAAAAUGGUCACAGCACAAGUGACAAAAAUAAAUGA